CGCGACAUCAUGUAUUUGCUUGUGAACUUUAUCUUUGCUCUGGCCGUGAUGCAGGUGCAGGCCGGAUCCUCCUACAUUCCUGAUUCGGAUCGGAACACACGGACACUUCAAAACGAACUGCAAGUGGAGCGGGAUGGCAAUUAUCGCUACGCCUACGAGACUUCCAAUGGAAUUUCCGCCUCUCAAGCUGGACUGGGUGGUGUUUCGGUCCAAGGUGGGAACAGUUACAUUUCUCCCGAGGGCAAUGUCAUCAGUACCAACUAUGUGGCUGAUGAAUUCGGCUAUCAUCCCGUGGGAUCUCACAUUCCCCAGGUCCCGGAUUAUAUACUCCGCGCCCUGGAGUACAUUAGAACGCAUCCCUACCAGAUAAAGGAUUACUACACCGGCGAGCUCAAGACCGUGGAACACGACGCAGCUGCCUUCAAUGUGUACACCCGCAAUAUCCAGGAACACACGACUCCCAGAUCCCGACCGAGCACCACUCCAAAAACUAUAUACCUCACCCAUCCGCCCACGACAGCGUCGCGAUCUCUGCGACAAAGACGAGGCGCUCUGAAGCACUGAUGAUCGAUGGUCGAGAGUCUUUGGCGGGGUAAGGGACUGGUAGGGGCUCUUAGGAAUCCACCAGGCGAA